CUCCAACUUACUUUCCACGUGAUCCAUUCAUUAAACGCCCAGGCUUCCACCAAAGACAACACAACUAGGCAACCAGUAUCUCAACUUUGUCCUUCCCAAACUACCUCUCCAUACCGUUCAUAUAAAACCAAAAAUGGACCCCCCAACACAACCACCCACCCACGCCAUCUCCAUCAACAUCUACGGGCGCGGGGAUGCCACCCUCGGCGACGGCCCUUCGCACAUGGGCAUAGCGGUAUACGAGAUCGGCGCGUCAACCUGCCAAAUGCACCAUAUCCGCAACCCCACCGACGAGUACUUCAUCUACGAUCCACGUGUCCAGCCUUUGCAAGAUGAUCCUGUCCUGAGAGGACGUUGUGAGCUGAUCACCUUCCGACAGGAAGAAUGUCAACAUGUGAACAGCUUACUUUGCGCGUUUGGAAACGACGCAUCGAAUAUCCCAGAAUUCGGUGUGGGUAAUUGUCAGGAUUGGGUGGCUGGUGCGGUGGCGAUGCUUGAGGAUGCUGGUGUGUUAGCAAGUGGAGAGGGAGCGUUCUGGAAGAGUAUGAUCAAUGAGGGUGCAGAGAGUAUUAAGCGCGCGUGUGGGGAUUCGGGGAGGAAGUGGAUUGAUGGGCCGGAGGUGGUGUUUGAGGGGGAGCCGGAUGCGAGGUUCAAGGAUGAGGGGGUUAAGAAGGAAAUAGGAAAGUUGAAGGAUAGUGAAGCUUUUCGGGAGAGAAUGCAGGCGUUGAUGGGGAAGAAGAGUAGUGGUGCUGGUGGUGAAGCAGGGGAGAGAAAUAUGCCUGAGAGACCGUUUUAUGUGUCGAGUCCGUUUUUCAGUCAGACAAAUAGACGUGGAUAGACUAAUGUUGUUCAUUAUCGUCAUCGUCAUCGUUGUCCUUAUGAUUGACAUUUUUACUUGCUGCUUCAAAUAUCAAACGCUCUGGCGUAGUCCAGCUUUGCCCUCAA